UCGGGUGGCACGGUAAGGGGUGACAUUAAAUUAAAGUUUGAGUUCUAAGCCCCCAGACUACGAUCCGCGCUGAGCCGCGAUGGGUAAGGCGAAGCAAUCCACCCGCUAUCUCUAUCGGAACGGAACCCAAACGAGACCCGACGGGAAGAAAGCAUGGCAGACAGACAGCAAAACAGCGAUUUAUAUUAAUGGGUCACCGGCCACCACCACCAACACCACCACUAUACGAGAUUCGAUCGAUUCAUUGGUGACGACCUUCUGUUACAUUGCAGUGCGGGAAAGACCUCACCUCACUCUCAGUGAUAAAACACUCUUUGUGGCAUCGAUUGGGUUAGAAAAAUCGAGGACACUACAAACUGAGACUCAUUCCAUCGCUCGCUUUCGCUGUUGGACACCUUAAGUAAAUGCCGUAGGAUGUUGUGCCUGAUUGCCAACCGAGACCGGGCACCGAAUCAGGCGAAUCGAUCUCUCUUUCCAACAGUGACAACCCGUGCCCGUGACUGGCGUGUCUCGAUGAAAAACGAUCUCCUCGCCACGCAAGAAUCUCUUCGCCUUCUUUCGCUCCACUCUCCCCCCCCCGCUACCAGCAGAACCACAGACCAAUCAAUCGGUGCGCAGACACACGCAGACGCCACACAGCGGGCCACCAAAUUGUGGGUGGUGGUGAUGGGGUGUUGGUGUGUACGCCGCCGCCUUCGUUCUUGAUUGGACUAAUUAAUUGAUUGCAUAAUUGGUACGGGGGAACCAUCGGCGAAAAGGUGAACGGAAGAAGCGGAAAGGAUUGAGAACUUAGUGACACGGGCGGUAGUCGGGGGCGUUAGCAACCGACCAACCAACCCGACCGGCUGCUGCUGUUCGCAAUUUGAGCUGUCGGAAAUGAUACCACACAACAGCCGGCGCGCCGGCUAAUACCGGUAACGCAAACACAACAGCCAGUG